AUGUCCCCAAUCCUUCAGAUGGACUACGGAACCGUUAACAUCCUAGCCGCUACUCUCGUCGUGGCAACUUUGAUUGUCUUGAUGAGGAGGCUCAAAAACCAACUUCCCCUUCCUCCUGGACCACGACACUAUCCAAUCAUCGGAAAUAUCUUAGACAUGCCUUCAAGCUUUCCAGGGCACAAGUUCGAAGCAAUGGGUAAAAAAAUCAACACAGACAUCCUAUAUCUUGACGUCGCAGGGAAAAACAUCGUGGUUUUAAAUUCGUUCCGCGCUACCGAUGACUUGCUUGAAAAGCGUUCAGCAAAUUAUUCCAGCAGACCUCGGUUCACUAUGGUGAACGAACUAAUGGGAUGGAACCGGGAUUUCAUCUUCAUGGACUACGGUACCGACUGGAAAGCCCACCGAAAGCUCUUCCAACAAGGUUCGGUCCUCACACUCAUAAUGUCCCUACCCCAUGCAUUCACAUUACCAUCCCUGUCGACAGAAUUCCCAAAUACCCACCCGAACAAAUUACACCGUCCUCAUGAAUUACGAGCAAACAGAAUUCUCCUCCGGAACCUCUUGGAAGAUCCGACAAACUACCGGGAUCAUCUACGUCUAAUGGCAGGUUCACUUCUGAUAGCUGUAACCUAUGGUCUAGAAACAAAAGACAGAACCGAUCCCUAUAUGCAAAACGCGGAAAAAGCGCUAGAUGUUCUACUUCAUGCCAUGAAUCCGGGUACCUUUCUAGUCGACUCUCUCCCCUGGCUCAAACACAUUCCCGAAUGGUUCCCAGGAGCUGGAUUCAAGCGAAAAGCGAGAGAAUGGGAAAAACUAUAUCAUAAAAUGGCAGAUGAAGCAUUUGAUGCAACGAAACGAGAUAUGGCCAACGGAACUGCACAACCCUCCUUUGUAUCAAGCUCUUUACAAAGAAUCACAACCAACGAGGACGAUAGCAUCUCCCGGGAUGAAAUGGAAACUCUAAUUCGCGAAACUGCGGCCAGCAUGUACGAAGCCGGAACAGACACAGUAUUCACCGGGGUUCUCACAUUCUUCCUCGCCAUGACAUGUUUCCCGGAAUAUCAAGCCAAAGCGCAAGAAGAGAUCGACCGGGUUAUAGGUCCAGACAGGCUACCAGAUUUUGAGGACCGGGAAUCUCUCCCGUAUUGCGAAGCUAUUAUGCAGGAAACGUUCAGGUGGCAGCCUGUCGGUCCCGUAUCGGUCGUCCACCACACUUACGUCGAAGACGAAUACAGAGGUUAUCGCAUCCCAAAAAACUCUACCGUCAUCCCGAAUGUUUGGGCAAUCCUCCAUGACGAAACGAUGUAUCCCGAUCCAUACCGGUUCAACCCUAACCGGUGGCUUACUACACUCAAAGAUGGAAAGUUAGGAAUCAACCCAAAUAUCCGUGAUACAACCGCCGGUUUCGGUUUCGGUAGAAGAAUCUGCCCGGGCCGACAGCUGGGACUAUCAACGACAUUCUUGACUAUUGCAACUACCAUAGCGGCAUUUGAAAUCCAAAAAGCUCUCGACGAGAAUGGGAAGAUCAUUGAACCCUCCAUGGAGUUUGUAUCUGCGCUCCAGAACCGUCCGGCACCGUUCGGAUGUCGCAUCAAACCGAGGUCAGAAAAGUAUGAAACACUGAUUUGCGAUGCGAUGGAUCAGCUGUAA